AUGGCUGUGAAGCAAAAUAAAAAUAAUUUGUUUCCUAUUGAAUUUACAAAAACUGAUCAACUAAAUGCAGCUGUGUUAAUUAAGGAGAAUUCUAUAAUGUGGCAUGACAGUGGAGCCACUUGGAGGAACCAGGAAUUUUUAAAUCUAGUUGAAAGACAAUCCAAUCAUAAAUUGAAAAAUUUAAGAAUAGAUAGAGGAGGUGAAUACACAGGUCCUUCAGUAGACAUGAUGAAUAAAUUCAGUGAAGAUAUGCAUAAAUCCUUUGAAACGAGCAAUCUUGGCCAAAUGUCAUACUUCUUGGGCUUGGAGAUUAAACAAGAUUUAUCAGGAAUUCAUAUAUGCCAGAGGAAAUAUGUGGAGGACCUAUUAAAGAGCUACAUCAUGUUCAGUUGCAAACCCUCCAUCACUCCUCUGAAUUCUGGUUACAGAAUGAAUUUAUAUGAGGAUAGUGAACCUGUUGAUAUCAAUGCUUACAGGAAGCUAAUUGGGAAAUUGAUAUUUGUAACAUAA